AUGUACAAAGAGUUUAAUAAUAGCAUGAGACAUAUCGUGCAUUUCGAAUGUAUAAAUCCUCCACAUCGCCUCAGGCGCGCUAACAUAGCGAACGUCCAGAAACAUUUGAAUUUCGUUGUACAUAGGUUCCUGGAUAGUUGUUGUUUGACCGUCUUCUUCCACGGUUCGUACGACAAUUUGAGCUCUAUCAAAUCCUUUUGUCAGUCAUCCCCAGUCCAAGGCUCGAUUGAGCGAUUUCACGCCACCUUAUUGGAAAUGAUCAGAUCCCAUGUAUCCGAAAAUCCCGACGAACAUCCCUUCAAUAUUCUUCCCUAUGCUGUUCAGUGCUACAAUAGUACUAGAAAUAAAACUACUGGCUUUACACCAUACGAGCUCGUGUUUGGCCACACUCUGGUCGUCCGCCCGAACACGUAUAUUUAG